AUAGAAUAUAACGUCGACCGUACGGGAGGGGUUUGUCCAAGGAGGAAGUAAAAAUACCGCAACGAAAAAACGUUCGAUUUGGAUAAAUACGCGUCUUACUCAACGAGUUCACAACGGAACUAUACUUCACCAAAAUGGUAAGUAAGAAGCAAGUGGCUUGUUGUGUGUUAGUGAUGGCUGUAUUCACAACAGGAGUGCUAGCACAGUUAAAUGACACUCAUUAUGCAAUAGAAUUUCAUGGUGUAACCAUCCAUUGUAAGCUGUGCCCGGCUGGCACUUACUGGAUUAAUCAUUGUAGUCAAGACGGUGGCCAGACAGGAUGUCAGGAAUGUCCUGAUGGAAAGUAUAAAACGGAUAAUAAUCGAGCGCUUUAUUGUGAAAGGUGUACUGAAUGUAAAGGAAAUGAUCAACCAUCAGGUGAAAUUUUGAAAGAGGCGUGUUCGCGAUUUAACGACACGAAAUGUGAAUGUAAACCGGGGUGCUACAGAGAAGAAGGACAGGUGGGAGACUGUCGAGGAGUGUCGCCGUGUAUGCCGGGAUAUGGCGUGAAAAAAUUGGCGAACAGUCACAAAGAUACAACAUGCGAGAGAUGUGUUAACGGGAAGACCUUCUCCAACAUCAGUUCCGAGGUGAUGCCAUGCCUGAACUGUUCACUUUGUCCUGAGGGAUGGGUGCAGAGAACUCCAUGUAACGAAACUCAAGACACUGUGUGCAUUUCAAAAGAUGAAGAAGAGAAAGCCAGUAAUAUUAUCAUACUUUUUGGAGUGGCCUGUGGCGUUUUACUCGCAGUUGCUAUCGUGUCCUAUUACUUUAGGAAAAGAAUCCAACUGAUUCUUCAAAAGUUGCUUAACAGCUGGAUAUAUUUCCGAAGUCAAGAAAACCAUGAUGCCGAGGAACAAGCCAAUCCACGUCAAGUAAACCAUGAUGACGAGGAAAAAGCCAACCCACUACUGCAAGAUAGACGACGUCAAGAAAACCAUGAUGACGAGGAACAAACCAACCCACUACAGCAAGAUAGACGACGUCAAGAAAACCAUGUUGACGACGAACAAGCUACCCCACUACAGCAUGAUAGACGACACCAAGAAAACCAUGAUGAUGAGGAACAAGCCAACCCACUUCAGCAAGAUAGACGACGUCAAGAAACCCAUGAUUAUGGGGAGCAACCAACCCGCUACAGCAAGAAAGACGACGCCAAGAAACCCAUGAUUAUGGGGAACAAGCCAACCCACUACAGCAAGGUGGUACACCUGACAAGUCUGCAGUAAACAUAUCAAGACAGCAGUUUUGAACCCCCUUGGCUAAUGGAUGUGAAGCUAGCAGUUUAGCAGUCUGGCAGUACAGCAGUGUAAAUACAUUACUAUAUAUAUGCGGGAACAUGAACUGUGAAUCACGGAAUUAAAACUACAAUGGAAAUAAUUUUUUAAUGCAUAUAACAUGCAAACUAAUCUAUACUGUUUGCGACAGAAAGUCAGUAUUAUAUAAAUAAAUAGAAACAA